AUGGAUGUCACCCACCUGCUCCUGGCCAUCCUGCUGGUCUGCCUGUGCUUCCUCACUGCGUGUAGCCACGUGACAACAGAGGAGAAGCCCAGAGAUGACAGAUGCCUGAGGAGCAACUUGUCCAUGAACCUGUUGGAUUCCCCCUCUCUCUAUCGUGGGUAAGUAGCCUGGCCUGGGGCCCAGCUUCUGGCACUAAACAAGAAAUCCAAGAACAUCAGCAGAAAAGAGGCAGAAAAGAAGAGAUCUUCCAAGAAAAAGGCUUCGAUGAUGAAGGUGGUGUGGCCCGGGGCCCUGUCGCCGGUUCCCUGUGUAGCCACCUGCAACAGCUGCACUCAGCUGGUGCCCGCCUGCAGUAACCCCUGCGCCUCCUGA